GGACCGAUGAUUAGAAUUUGCACAGAGUCUGAGUUUAGAUGCCCGGAUGGAACCUGUAUUCCAGGAAGUGCAGUCUGUGAUGGAAAAAAUGACUGUCCGUGCGGAUUAGCAGAUGAAAGUUCUUGUGGUUGUGACCUGGCUGGUACAGAAUUUAUCACAGGCUUUCUACACAAUGUGGGACCGGAAGUAUCUAUUUUGUACAUAAUGGCACCGGAAGUUGCUAAUGUCACGGUGACCAUACCAUUUUUGUCCUACAACGAGUCAUUGGUAAUACAGGGUGCAUAUAAAUGGAAGUUUGAAGAUACGACCUUGGUUAUGGCUGAAGAACACUCGAGAAAAGGCGUGCACAUAACUUCAGACACACCCAUCACGGUAAUUGCCGUAAAUAGCCGAGAAUUGUCAUAUACAACCGUCGACGGUACUAUAGUUUAUCCGGUAACUUGUUUAUCUUCUGAAUACCUAGUUGAGGUACAGAGCCAUCGAACUUACAAGACCAGUCAGUAUGCCAUUAUUGGCACACAAAACACAACUACCAACGUCACUAUCACCAACAAAAGAGGGAGGGUAUUUUACAAGCAGUUGGGCUUUUUAGAGUCCUACUUUUUACAGGAAAAGGAUCUUAGAGGAACAUCUAUAUCAGCUACAGACAAUGUUGUCGUGAUUUCUGGCUCAGAAUGCGGUUAUGUUCCAUCCGGAAUGACAGCCUCUUGUGAUCAUCUUGUUAAUCAAGUCCCGCCCAGACCAAUGUUUGGCCACGCCUACAUUGUUGCCCAACAGAAUCCAAGGAAAGGGUUCUCAUACCGAAUUAAAGCCGCGGAAGACAGUACUGUGGUAACUGUUCGAAAUGCAAAUGGUGAACUGGUAGCAAAUGAAACACUUGAUGUUUUAACUGAAUUUUUCAAAAUGGAACUAGAUUCACAACCACUUUCUAUCACAGCAAAUAAAGGCGUCAUGGUCACACAAUACGCUCUUGACGCUGUAAUCGAUGAUCUUGGGCUAGGUGAUCCAUCAAUGGUAACACUUCCUGCGCUGAAUUCAUUCGCCUCUAGCUACAGCUUUGUUAUUCCGGACUACUUUUUAAGAGUUGGUGUCACAAUUUACAUCAGUGCAUGUCAUGACCCAUAUGGACUACUUUUGGAUGGGAAAAAAAUUUCUAAUACUAUUGUGACACUGGUUACAAUUCCGAAUUACGGAGAUUAUAACGUCAUCAAUAUUGACUUACAAUCUAAAUGGACGACAUAUAGCUCAGCGUCAUUAAGUCAUUCUGAACGAGAUGUCACUUUUGGCGCGAUAAUGUACGGUAUUCGAAUAGAAGGCGCUUUUGCAUGGCGAUUAGGCGGGAAACUGUAGAUAAUUUUGAUCAUCUAACGGAAUGUUAUAAUUUUGAUAUUAAAGGCCAUUUCUAAACAGUAUCUUGCGCCCAAAAAUAAUGAAAAGUUAUCUGGUUCUUUUUUUGAAAUAUCGUGCUAAAUUUCAUGACAAAAUAUACAUAUAAUUAUGUAAUAAACAUCUUUUAAUAAAAUCGUAACGUGUUAUAACGGUAAAACAUCGAAUAAAAUGUGGCAAUACCACAUGACUUAUUAAUUGUCGUCUGCAAAAAUACAAGAUGCACAAUCUGACUUAAAUCAGUUCCGACGUACCAAUUCAUUCAUAAAGUUUGAUGUAAUCAAAGCGUAAAGGGGUUUAUUAAAGGCACAUUUUGCCUCAGAAAUGAAUAUUUUUCUAUUCUGUAGAAAGGCUGAACACGAGUUUUAUAACGUAUAUGUAACACGUUUAGAGCAAUGUAGAUGUUUAUCACCCAAAGAAAGAAAUAAUGUGUCAUAAAGUAGCAAAAUGUAAACAGAGUAGUAUUUUGACAAAACACAUAGUGAUGCUAUUUUUACUUAUUGUCAAAAAACAACAAGCAAAUGAAUGAUGGUUGAGGUAAUUGGUCAAUGAGUAACUUUUGGAAACUAUAACAUGGCAAUUAGAAUAUAAAGCUUUUGAAAUAAA